AUGGCCUCCCGCACAGCUUCCACCGUCUACGACGCCCUCGUCAUCGGCAGCGGCCCGGCCGGUCUCUCCUCGGCGCUGACUCUGGCGCGCGUCUGCCGGUCCUCCAUCAUCUUCGACACGGGCGAGUUCCGCAACCAGGGCGCCAAGGAGAUGCACACGUUCCUCUCGCGCGACGGCAUCCCGCCCGAAAAGUUCCGGUCCAUUGCGCGGCAGCAGAUCGAGGACAAGUACUCGGACCAUGUGACGUUUGUGCCGGCCAAGAUUGUGGCCGUGUCCAACACGGAGAUUGUUCCCGGGUACAAGGGCUUCCAGGCGGUCGAUAGCUUGAACAAUACGUAUUUGGGGCGCAAGCUGGUUCUCGCGACGGGGGUGGAGGAUGUUUUGCCUACUGAUAUUGAGGGAUACAAGGAAAACUGGCCUCAGCACAUGCAAGUUCUUUCUCAUCCCUUCGACGACAUCGGUACUGACUCUUGCCGCAGUUACCAAUGUCCCUUUUGCGAUGGCUUCGAGCAAAAAGACUAUCCCGUCGGCAUGCUCUCCUUUCCGAACCCAUCGUACGGCCACUUCGCCUUGAUGACCCUGGCAUUCAACAAGGAUUUUACGAUAUACAGCAACGGACCGGUGCCUACGGAUGAACCCACGCAGAAUGCCCUGAAAAAGGUCAUGGCCGCCGGCAUCAAGCUCGAUGAGCGUCCCGUCCUGCGUCUCGUCAACAACGGCGAGGGUCCCGAAAAGGGCAUCUCGAUUGAGUUUGAGAGCGGGAAUCCCGUGACGCUGGGAAUGCUGUUUCAUCGGCCUCCAUUUCGAAAUCGGGGACAAGACUUGAUUGAUCAGCUAAAGCUGAAGACGAAGCCGAAUGGCGACGUUGAGGUUGACCCUAUGAUGUUGCAGACGAGCGUGCAUGGGUGCUUUGGCGCGGGAGAUACGCAGGAGUCGAUCAAGCAAGCCCUCAUGGCGAGCAGCAACGGAGUCCGUGUUGGCGCCUCAAUUGCGUUCCAGCUUGCGGAUGAAGAAGGAAACCGGGCGCUGGAGAAGGCGGCGGCGGAAGAGGCCAACUUGUAG